ACGCUGCGUGGGAACCGGUGCGCACACCGCACGUGCACGGCCUGCGCGCGCGCUGCGUAAGGACGCGUGCGCAUGCGGGCGCGCGCGAGUCCUGGUAUUGCGCGGUGGGUCUGGCAGUAAUCCUGUGCAGCCGGUGCAUCCCGAUGGAGCGCGGCGGCGGCUUCGGGGCGGGAUCCCGAGCAGAGGGGGCCACGCGGGGCACCCCUCUCUCCGGGAAGAUGGCCGAGCCGGGCGCGGUGCGAACCUCGCCACCCAACCACCGGUCUCCAGGCAUGGAUGGAUUUUUAAAAUCAGAUGAGAGACAAAGAUUGGCCAAAGAAAGACGAGAAGAAAGAGAUAAAUGUCUGGCUGCCCGGGAACAGCAGAUCCUGGAGAAAGAGAAAAGAGCCAAGCUCCAAUACGAAAAGCAAAUGGAGGAGCGAUGGCGCAAACUGGAAGAGCAGCGGCAACGGGAGGACCAGAAGAGGGCGGCUGUGGAAGAGAAGAGGAGGCAGAAGCUGCGGGAGGAGGAGGAGCGGCUGGAGGCAAUGAUGCGCAGGUCCAUGGAGCGCACACAGCAGCUGGAGCUGAAGAAGAAGUAUUCGUGGGGAACACCACUGGCCACAGCACCCAGAGGACGUGAUGGUGAAUCAGAAAAUGCCCCACCCCCUCCUCUAGGUUUAGCAGCCAGCACCCUCCCUCCGGACGCAGGGACUACUGCCGCAGCUGCUGAGUCCGCCAACGCAUGUGACAAACUUUCAACAUCAACCAUGAAUUUGCCAAAGCAGACGGAGCCUCCCAUGAGUAAACGCCUGUCUUCAUCCACCGUGGCAAUAUCCUAUUCCCCAGACCGAGCUCAUCGCACGCACCAUAGUCCCAUGGAAUUUCUUGUUAUGCGACUGUUGACACCCACACAGGCUUCUUUAGCCAGAAGCAGAAGUACACUUGUGCUCUCUGAGCAGGCCAGUGACUCAGUAUUUCAUACCUGUCCUCGUAUAGCUCCUGCUGGCUCUCUUAAAUCUUCUUACAAGUCUUCUCCCACUCGAAACCCUGAGCGGAAGAAGGCUACAUCGACACCUGGCGUAGGAGAUGCUGGAAAAGGAUCCCCUGCAGGAGCAGAGGCCUCUCCGACAGAGAAGAUGAAGAGGGGGCAGCGAAUGACAACUUCCUCCCCCACUGGGAGCCUCGGAUCCCCUCUGAAAAGAUGCGAGUUUCCUGGAAGUGCUUCUAAGAGGUCAUCUUCUCCUGUGAUGACCAAGACAACUUCGAAAGCAUAUCCACAGUCUCCAAAGAUGACGAAGCCACCAUACCCAGGAUCUCCUAUAAAGUACCGUGGUCCUGCCCUUCCCAGCCAAGAAACGCCCAAGAAGAAAGCAGAGAAAGAGAAGAGCAACAAGGAAAAGGAAGAUGCCUUGGCGCAGCAAGCCAGCGGGCUGCUCGCGGAGGAGGCCCCAGAGAAGCAUGUGGCGGACAAGCAUGCCAGUGAGAAGCACAGCGCCGCAGGGGGGAAGGCCGAGAGUGAUGCAGGCCUCACCUCUGGUGCAGCCUUGGGGAAGCCCACCGCAGGCACGACUGAUGCAGGAGAGGCUUCGAAGAUCCUGGCUGAAAAGAGGAGACGGGCCCGGCUGCAGAAGGAGCAGGAGGAGCAAGAAGAACGACUCAGGCUGGAGAGAGAGGAAUUAAAAAGAAAGGCAGAGGAAGAAAGGCUUCACCUAGAAGAAGAAGCCCGUAAGCAGGAAGAAGAAAGGAAGCAGCAGGAAGAGGAAAAGAAGCGGCAGGAAGAGGAAAAGAAGCGGCAGGAAGAGGAAGAGAAAAGAAAGGCAGGAGAGGAGGCCAAGCAAAAGGCUGAGGAGGAGCGACUAUUGAAAGAAAGGCAAGCAAAGGAGAAGCAAGAACAAGAAAAGCAAGAAAAAGCCAUGAUUGAAAAGCAGAAGGAAGCAUCAGAAACAAAGGCCCAGGAGGCAGCUAAACAGAUGCGUCUAGAAAGAGAACAGAUCAUGCUGCAGAUUGAGCAGGAGCGGCUGGAGAGGAAGAAGAGAAUAGAUGAAAUCAUGAAGAGAACAAGGAAGAGUGAUGUGUCUCCAGAAGUGAAGAAAGAGGACCCCAAAGUGGGGAUUCAGCCUACUCUGUAUGUGGAAAAUAAGACGAAACCUGUUGUUCCCAACAAAAUAGAAAUCAAUGGAUUGAACACCUGCCAGGAAGUUAAUGAUGUGGGGCAUAGUGCCCCAGAAACUAUUCCCCAAGACAUUUUCUCUAAUGUCCUUAAACCAGUUGGGGGACUUGUUCAUCUGGAUGCCCUUGAUAGGAAAUCAAACAGUCUGGAUGAUUCAACUGAAGAUGUUCAGUCUAUGGAUGUGAGUCCUGUUUCAAAAGAAGAGCUUAUCUCCAUCCCAGAAUUUUCACCAGUGAGUGAAAUGAUUCCUGGGGUGCCUCUGGACCAAAAUGGAACUGGUAAUGCCCGAGCACUUCAAGAUAUCUUAGAUUUCACUGGUCCCCCUACAUUCCCCAAGAGAUCCAGUGAAAAUCUCAGCCUGGAUGACUGUAACAAAAACCUUAUCGAAGGAUUUAACAGUCCUGGCCAAGAAACUACUAUGAACACCUUCUGUUGACAAAUACAGUAUCCCUUUAAUGAAAGGUGGUGUUUGGAGAACCCUCGCAGCUGCUGAUCGUCAGCCCAGGCUGCUGGCUGUCUGAAGCUUCUGUCACCCUUAACCGCUGGGCUCCAAGUUAUUAGAUCAGAAUGUAACCGUAUUCCUAGGUAGUAUGUCAAACACUGGCCACUCUUGGUAGAAACCUUGAGACUUGUCGCCUUGUUGGGCUUUAGCAAAGUUGCAUUUUACAGUUCUAUUUAUGAGCUUCAGCCGCUGACAAAGCACUUCCUGUACUUCUCUAUUAUCAUAGUGACCUUCCAAGUAAGCUGAGUGGUUCUGCUCAGAAAUUCACUUUACAAACAUUGUUAUUCCCAAAGUUGGCACAUGUAAACACGUAGCUAUCUCUUCCUGUAAAAUAAUCUAGACAUUUACCCAAACUCUAGUUCAACUUAUACUCAACUUGAGCUGCUUAUCUCCCUGUCUUUGCUGAAAAAGAGAAGAAAUUCAGGAGUUCCCCCCCACCCACCCCCAGCCCCCGGGUCUCUCUGUUGAAAGGUACUAGCAAGAAGCCUUUUAUCAUUAUCAUUAAGCUUUGCCAUCUGCAAAAUGCAUUGCCCCACAGUACUCUUUGGGGGUUAAGGUAGUAAGUUUGGUUGAGUAAGGAAAUAAAAAGAGUUUGCAAUGCUUUCUAUUCUCUUAUGCAUAUUCUUGUGUACAUGGGCAACUGAAUCUAGCCAGGGCCCUUUGAUCUCACACCAUAAAAUCUCCAAACUUGUAGUCACUCCAAACCAUCAAGUGGCUUUCCAACCAGAUGAAUCUGAAUCACUUGUCUCGUGUGUAGGUGGUUGGUUUUCAUGUCCUCGCCAUUGUUUUUCUCUUGGAUCUUGGGAAUUUCCUUUGUUUGUUCUUGUGUUUGCCCAACUGUUAAGAAAAUCAGGCACAAGUGAAAAUCAUAGUGUCUAAAACAAGGGGGCUCCAAAUUGGACCCCAUAUGUCACUUUAUUAGACUUUAACGUACAGAAAUCUGAAGGGGGGACAAAAUGACACCAGAAUGUACCCUUCACACAUUUUAUGCCAUGUAAUUGUGUGUUUUCUUAAUUUUGUUUCUUGUGGUGAAAUGUGACUUUCAUAUUAAAAUAACCUUUUUUUUCCUUCUUUGAAAACUUGUUGUUUUGACAUAUAAUUUAGGGUUUGGAAGGCUCCGCAAUUCUGAGAGAGGGCUGCAGUCAGGAAAUAUAAAGAAGUCUCAGUAGUAAUCUUGUUCAUAUGCUUUUAAAGCCAACUACACUUCAAGAAUUUAUUCAUUAUGAAACUGUGUAUGUUUGUGUAUGUGUAUAUACUAAAUAAAAUAUAUGCCUCCAAAUAAUACAGUGCCAUUGAUCUUGAUGAAUAUGGGGGGAAAUCCCUUUUAUGACAAGCACACAAAAUAUGGUAGCAUGGUCUGACUUUCGAAAAAUGCCUUGUCAUCUUUCUUAUAGCUUUAUUUUGCUAAAUGUGUUUUGUGAUCUGUUGUACCUCACAGCACCAUUGUGACUGCAGUGAUGCCUCAUUUGCAUGAUGUAUACGUUGUGUUUAAUGUGAAAUACAUUUUCAUUGAAGAGUC